CCUUCACUUCUAUACCUUCAAGACACUCUACUCCCACUCACCCACCAAAACCAAACUCAUAACCAACCAUGACUCAGUCCCUUAUCGUCAACGUCCAUGCGGCCAACCACUUGGAUGAUGUUGAGCACUUCGGCAAGAACGACCCCUAUGCCCAGAUUUCCUUGGACUUCACCAACAGCCACUCCUUCCAGAAGACCUCGAUCAAGAAGAACGCUGGCAAGGAUGUCGAGUGGAAUCAGACCCUUACACUCGAUGGCUUCGAGCCCUCUGUCAACCACAACUUGUACGUUGAGGUCCUCGACGACGAGCACACCGCUGAUUCCCCCAUUGGUUUCGCCGCCAUCCCCUUGCGCCAGGUCAUCGAUGCUCCCAACCACUCCUUGAGGGCCAAGUACGACAUCUUCACCCCCAAUGGCAAGCAGAAGGGAACCAUCUCCCUGACCAUCUCCGCUGUCCAGCCCGGCCAGCAGGCCCCCGCCUCCCACGGUGGUCCCGAGCACAAGGGUGAAUCUCAGAUCGUCUCUGACCACCAGAAACGCUUCAAGGAUCUCGCCAACAAGGAGAAAGCCGCCGAUGGUGCUUCCCUCGCUGCCGGAGCUGCCCUCGCUGUUGGUGCCAAGUUCCUCUUGGACCAGCACAAGGGAGACAAGAAGGCCCAGGAAGCUGCGCGUGAGCUCUAAGCUUCUGCGGAUCCUUAGCAUGUAAAUAAUUCUGGUUCCAGUUUAGUUUUACCAGAUAUAAAAGAAUACUUUUGUAUGUAAAUAAAAAAAAAACAGCGAAUUUCUAUCAUCC